AAAGCUCGAAAGCUGCUCUAUCUUCCCAACUCUUCCGAUUAUCUUUAGUCUCUGAAAAUCUCUGAUCCGAUUCGAGAUUUUCAGCAGCUUUUUUUAUUUCAAAAUUUUAUGGCUGCUUUUUCGGUACUGGAAAUCGCCGCCGAAUCACCGCCGUCGGUCCGCGACGGUCUCCGGUGACGAUUGAGCUCCGAAACGACACCGUUUAUCCGUUACCGAUGGUGUGCGCGGUGGAAUUAUUUCUCGAAGGAUUUUGAUAAUUUGUGUUUUGGAAAUUAAAUGCGAAUUUGGGAGGCUGAUUGUGCAUGUUGGCGUUUGGAUUCAUUGGAGAUUAAUGGAGCAGAGCGAAACGGUCUCCGAGGUGGCGCCGAAGAAAUUGGCGAGGCAAUUGGAUUUCACGACGGUGUACCGAGCGUCGGCGAGCGCGGCGUUGACGGACGUACAGCUACAGCUACAGACACCGUCACAGGCGCAGCAGCAGCCACAAAUCUCACCGGCAAGACCGCAGUUGCAUUUGCAUUUACAGUCGCCGCAGCCUGCGGCAGUUCAGUCGUCGAAGCAGUUAACGCCGCCGCCGCCGAUUCCGCAGUUUCAGGCUCGGCGGAGUCCGGCGCCACCCGCAAACGUUCGGAUUCCGCACCCGGUGCAUAAGCUUUCGCAAGUGAGAAAACAAGACUCUCCUGUAUCACGCCAACGUGGCGAUGAAAAAGAUUGUACUCCAAAAAAGCAGAAGCAGUGCAAUUGUAAAAACUCUCGGUGCCUGAAGUUGUACUGUGAGUGCUUUGCAGCUGGAAUUUAUUGUGAUGGUUGCAACUGCUCAAAUUGUCACAAUAAUGUGAACAAUGAAGCUGCUAGGCAAGACGCAAGGGGAGCAAUUUUAGAGCGUAAUCCAAAUGCUUUCCAACCAAAGAUUGCUAGCAGCCCACAAGAAUCUCGUGAUGGUAGGGAAGAUGCUAGGGAAAUUCAAGCAGCUGGAAAGCACAACAAAGGAUGCCAUUGUAAGAAAUCAGGCUGCCUCAAGAAGUAUUGUGAGUGCUUCCAAGCCAAUAUUCUAUGCUCUGAAAAUUGUAAAUGCAUGGACUGCAAGAACUUUGAAGGAAGUGAAGAGAGAAGAGCUCUCUAUCAUGACGGCCACAAUACCGCGGCCUACAUGCAACAGGCUAAUGCAGCCAUUAGUGGGGCCAUUGGAACCUCUGGUUAUGGGACCCCUCUGGUGUCCAGAAAAAGAAAAGGGUAUGAACUUUAUUUUACAACUGGAAAUCAAUCCACUCAUCCGAUUGCACAACCUCAACAGGAAAAUCAUCUAAGACCUCACAUGGCCUCUUCUUCUCAGUUGUCUGUUCCUAUUUUUCAUGCUGCUAAUGCAGCUGUAUCAAGACCUUCAAAAACCACUACAUACAGAUCUCCAUUGGCAGACAUCAUCCAACCAAAGAAUGUAAAGGAUCUGUGCUCACGUUUGGUUGUAGUUGCAGGAGUAGCUGCUAAGGCACUUGCAGGAAAUAUGCAAGGAGAGACAAUCAAUACUAGUACCACUUCAUCCACUCAAGAGGGGGAAGAACAUAAAAUGGAACAUAAUAAGCAGCACGACGACCAAUUAGGAGUGAACCAAGCAGAUAGAGAAGCAAGUACCUUUUCUGGAUCAAAUGGAGGUGAUGUGCAAAAUAGUAGGCCAAUGUCCCCUGUAACUCUUGCCCUGAUGUGUGAUGAACAAGAUAAGAUGUUUAUGGAAGCUGGAUUGCCAAAGUGUGCGGGAACUGAUGAUCCAAGUAUGCCUCAGAAGCCAGCUCAGGAAAUAGGUUUCACAGAGAUUUACGCGGAACAGGAAAGGCUUGUCCUGACCGGGUUCAGGGAUUUCCUUAACCAUCUUAUUACGCGGGGGAGCAUAAAAGAAACAAUGUGUUCUCCCCAAGCCAAAACGGAGAGGUUAAGCCAGAAAGAAUCCGUACAGGUUGGAACAGCAAAACCAAACACUGAACCUGGCUACCAGAAAGAGGUCUACAGCAACGGCAUUGUGAAAUCUCCACUUUCAUCAGCAAACGGUAAAAUUCUUCAGUCAGUAACAACAGUCACUUCUGGUGACAAUGAUCUCACUCUAAAGUUGGAUCUCGUUGAAUGGCUGGGAUUGAAAACCUGGGACUUGGAGCUAGAAAAAGCCUAUCCCAGGAAAGCACUUUUCCAAAAAGCCAUCCUAUUCGACAGUACGAUUAGUCGAUUACCGUAUUGGCGGAGCUUCCUUGCAUCUUCCUUAAACUGUAUUUUCGUUCUGAUUGGUUUGUUUGCCUGAACGUUGCUUCCUACUGCUUUCAUUUUUUGUUUUAUUUUUCGUUCAAACAAAAUUUGGCUCCAUUAGGGUUCAUCACCGCAAGGAGUCAAGCACAUGAACUCAAUCGGAUCAGAAAAUUUCUGUUUGGAUGCUGGGAAAUUUGAGAAAAGGAUGUAAAUACCAAAUUAGUUUAUUUAAUUCA